AUGGAAUUUGCUUGUGGCUUUGUUUACGUUCCACCAUUAGUGAAUCAGAAAGACGGCAAGCGAAUCAUAAAACGCUCAGGUGAGAUUUCCUUUAAUCCCUCAGAGACACCAUAAGAAAAAAACUGAAUUGUUCUCCUUUGUUUUAAAGAUAAAUGUCACAUUUCUGGGUCUACUUUUCUGUUUGUUUGUAGUUUUUUUCCCUUGCCACACAUAGAUAUGUGCAAUGCAGCUUCAGUGGACAUGAAAAGAUUUCCAUAAAAUGUCAAAAGGCAUUCUGGUGGGAUGUAGAGUGUCAAUAAACCAAGUAUAGGUUGUUCAACAGGCUUAAGAAGUUCAUAUCCAGAUCCAAAAACAUACGAUUUUUGCUGUAGUUAGAGAUUAGAGAGGAAAUUUUAUCCACAUUUGGGGUUUUCCUUAAUUCAGAAUAUUUUAAGAGACUUGAUACUAAAGUACCAUUAUUUAUUAUGCAAUCAUUGACACACAAAACCUUUGCUGUCUGUCUUAAGGAAGAUUUUUACAGAUACUUCGCUUUGCUAAGUAAAAGCCAUCUGCAUCCUGAGUCACAUUUUCUUCACAGUACAAAGGUCGACUCUGCACCAGUUGUUUUGUCUGUGCUCACAGUUCUUUUGCAAGAAAAUGUUUUCAAAUUAACAGCAACUGUGUUUGUGUGUGUGUGUGUGUGUGUGUGUGUGUGUGUGUGUGUGUGUGUGUGUGUGUGUGUGUGUGUGUGUGUGUGUGUUACCCAGCUCUUCUCCCUCCUAUCAACUGGGUCCGUCCUCACAAUCCUCCACCCCCUCCUCCUCUGACAAACUCUGCUGAAGAAAAAUCUCCCAAACCCCUCUGGUCUCAAUAUAAAAUGAUUGAACAUUUGGAAAAAAACAAGGAAGCGAAGAAGGUCGUAAAGCCCACUGUCUUCUAUGAAAAUGCAGCAUUUCACAGCAAAACAGUGUCAGCCUCUUCUAUCAGUAAAUCUCCUCAGCACACUCAGAUCGCUCCUCGAAAAACAGGUACUGUAAAUGUGAUGAUAUACUGAUGUUUAAAUGAAGGGAGAAAGUUGGUGUGGGUUAUUUGCACUCUGUGAGCUUUCAAACACACAAAUCCAAAAUAAGUCAAAAAAUUAUUCAUCUAUUUCAGAUAACUUCUAGUUGGACAGUAAGACUUUUACUUCACACUAUACAACUGUCACAGACUUCCCAUCUGAGUUCUCUUAAAGGGCUCUUUCUUAUAUCGUCACAUUCUUAAAUUAAUGGCUUAUGUCACUUUUUGACAAAAAUAUUUUUUCCCCCUUAAGUCAGUCCUCAUGAUGCUGCCCAUCUCUGGUAAAAUUGCCUGAAUCUUCAGUUGAACAGAUCAUGUGAGAGUAUCCUCGUAGUAUAGUCGCCUAUGUAAAGCGUGUGAGUUAGGCUAUUUUCUGAGAGUAUUCGGAAAAAUUUCUGAAAAACUUGAUAAUUGACUUAGGUCAUUAUUUUAUGAAGCUGACAAGAUGGACCCCCCAAAAUUUUUCUAGAAAUUUUAAGAAGCAGGCAGGACACGACCUUAAAUACAUGUUGCAAUCGCCACUGCACAAGGCUCUAUUUUCGUUCGCGCCGGUGAGGCGGCGGAGGGCGGCGAGCCCCGCGCAGUUGUAUUUUCGUCUGGCGGAGCCCAGCGUAAGGCCAAUUUGGUAUUUUCGUGGCAUGAGCCGCACGGAGGCGAGCCGAGAUCCGCCAAGCUGGGCGUGGUGGUGUGGCAGGGGGAGGUGUCGACAGAAUCAGCAGGCGCAGUGACAUUUUCGUGCUCGCCACCGGCGUGUAAAGUGCGCUGAAAGCUCGCCGAUUCAAACCUGGUCAGCUUUCAGCGCAAGGCGGAACGCAGCUGGUCCAGUAGUAUUUUGGUAGACCGGCGGCGUAUCGACAUACGUCACUGAUGCCUCACCGGCAGGUUUCCACAGUGUCAGGCACAUUUCAGUGCAAUAAAUAAUCAUCAUCAACUAUUAAUGUGAGUCAGCACAUACAUUUGGAUCUAUAUAGAUAUAUUCUGAUCUAUAUCUGAUCUGAUGAGCGCGUUUGGCACGCGUUUGGACACACAACCUGACCGAAUCAACACAGCUGAAACCGCAUCAAAUUAAAUUAAAUAUCUAGUAAAUAUUCACACAUGAUGAAGUUAACUCGAUAUGUAAUUCGUCUCCCUCCUUUUCUUUCUUCCUUUUCCUCUUAUUUCUCGCACAGCUCGACCUGGACACGUCUCCGUGUCCUCUGUCCGUCUUGCUUGCUGCUGCGGCUGAACAGAUGAUUUGUUUCAGUGCUCACAUGCGUUAUCUACUUUAAGCCGACAUACGGAUAUUAUAAUAUUCAGUUUUGUGAGCCAAAUUUAUUUUAUAUGCCAACAUCUAUGAAAGAAAGAGCCAGGCCACGGAGCGCGAUGCGUCAUUUACGCACAGAUGGUUCCGAUUUUUAUGCCAUUUUUGGAGUUUAUGUUGUGAUCUGUGCGCUCAACCGACCUUUGUCACGUGAGGUUUGAAUAUGAGCAACUUUAUGUGAGUGUCUUUAUUUGUGGAAACGGGUGUUUGUCUUACCACUGGGUCCAACAUUACGCACACUAAAUCCAUCUGUGCUCAUAUGAGAGAGUGUGGAGGACACUUGUUGAGGAGCUGCCCUCUGUCGCCAUCUUGUGGCAUUACUGUCUUAAGACAUCUCUUGAUCUCUUUGACUACUUCAUGAAAAUAGUAAUACGCCUCGCCUGUGGCGGAUUUAAAGGCAAGGAGAGGAGCCUAUGUGAUUGGUGAAAACAGGUCUCGGCUGUGUUAAACCCACUAACCGCCCUUUCUACGACUUAUGGUGCUGGGAGGAGCUGAGUUAGGGAGGGGGGAUACUUACGCCGGGCUGCGCGGCUCACCAAAAUACCAAAAUGUGCUUGGGAACGCCUUGUCAGCGCGGCGGAUCUGAUUGACGCUGCGCUUGCGGCAGAUCUCCGGCGAGGCACCAAAAUAGAGCCCACAGUGUUUGCAGUUAACGGCAGAGGCUUAUGUCAACAUGUUUUGCUUUUGUAACAUCUCAACAUGUACACACUAUUCACUUGUCUGUCUUCAAAAUGAUGUUUUAGAGGUUUUUGUUCAUCCUGUUGCAUAUCAGUCUCCUAAAUUCAUGUAUGAUUUAAAAGAAAAACACCAUACCUCUUGCCCUCUCUUUUGCGAUGAUUUUCCUGACAUUCAUGUGCUACAAAACCUUCUUAUGGCAUUCUCCAAACCCAGUGUGUGUCCAUCAGACGGGCUCAUCAUCCAAAAGAGCAUGUUUACAAGGAACCGGGAUCAAUUCGUUGUGUCCUUUACACAGCUCCAGAGGAAGCCUCAACCUUGCAUGCAGAUGUUUUGCCAUGGAAACCUAUUUCGCAAAGCUUCUCGUGCAAAGCUGAUGUGAUGAACUCUGCAGUGAGAGUUUUAUAAAAAGAUGGCCAUUUUGUGCAUAAAAUUCUGUAGCAUUAUAGUCUGAUUCUGGGAGUUUGUGCGAUCUAUAAUUUUGUGACCCAGCUGCUGUAACCCUGGGACGCCUCCACUCCAGAAUAAAACAUUAGCCAUUAUAGUUGAGCAGGUCGAAUCUAACAGGGCAGGAAUUUCACAAACUUCGCAUUGUGACAUUUCCUUGUUUAUAGUCAUUUAGCUCUUCGUGACCUCUUCUGUAUUUAAAGGUUUGUUUAUGGAGAUUUCACAGCUACAUGCUGGAUUUGAUGCACUUUUCAGCAAUUGCCAGUGCAUUUAUAGAGUUUAUGUGCCUGGCCAAAAGCUACCCAGAACACACAGUCCCAUCUGAAAGCUGCUCUUCUGGAGUUGUUUGUGGGAUAAGUCCUCUUUCACUUAGCAACACGUCAAAGUUAAUAAAGACAGAGUACUGGCUGUUCCUUUUUUUUCCACACUUGAAUGCAUUUAGUUAAAACCAAUAAGCAGUCUUGAAUGUCAAAAAUGAAGCAAACUGCAUUUAAAAAAAAAAAAAUGGUGUGCCUCAAGUGUCCACCUGAGGCUGGCUUUUGAGGCUACUCUAUUCAAAUGUUCAUUUUUACAGAACUAAACAUAUUUACCACCAGGCUAAAAAAGGAUUUGGGUCUUAUGAGUUCCAUACUUUUAGUAUAUAAACUGCAAAGGAACUGAUUUUUUUGUAUUAAAGACCUAUUUUUUAUUUGCAUGCACCUUUUAUUCCAAGUAGGGCUGGGUGAUAAACUAAAAAUUUACCGCCACCGAAAUGUAUGACAAUAAGCAAUGUCAUUUUGCCCAUGUCAAUAAAGUGGGUGUCAAAAAAAAUCAUAAAUAAUAGUUGGUUAUGGAUGUGUGUAAGUGGGUUAUGGUCUCAUGUCCCUUGAACUGCUCAAUAUAUUGUGAUAUUGAUUUGAGGCCAUAUCAUAUAUACAUUUCUGACCCUUAAGUGUUCCCCAAAGGUCUGUCAAUAACAUUGAGCCUUAAUAUUACAGUGAUUUCUCAUGACUUUGUUAACUCUUUCCCACAGUCUGAUUGCAUUUGCUCUUUCCUUGAAGUUAAAGUUAGCCAUGAUUCCAUUAUGACACUAAGAGGAUGAAUAAGUGAUGGCAAAAAGAAGAAAAUGUGGGUUUUAAAGCAUCAGUAUCAGCACAGGAAUAACACUAAUCCAUUGAGGAGAAAUGAGUUCCUAAUGUGUAUGAUGGUCUGCUGAUCUUUACAUUAAUCCACAGCUGCCUUCAUGCCGAAAAGUUCUUACUGUAUCUAUGAUUUAUUCCUCUAACCAAUCACUGCCAUCUGUUUUGUCUGUUUCAUGUUUCAUCCAGCUCUUCUUCCACCGCACAUGCGGCCUCCGGCAAACAGCCAGUCUUCUCCGUACUGUGAGCCACUCAUUUCCUCCAACACUAACAAUCAGAUGUUUACUUAUGACCUCCCUGUAAGUGAGCCAGACCUGAAUGCACAACCCUGGGACCCAAACUACUCAUACACCACACCUGAGGGAACAGGGAUACCAUUGAAGCUACCAGUUGGCAUCCAUAACAUUUCCACUCAUUCAACUGGUAAAUAAACUUUUUUAUAUCACUUUUUUUCUAAACCUUUUUUUUUUUUUUUUUCACAAAUAGUCUUAAAGCAACAGACAGAUUUCUUUCUAUUUUGUUCCGUCCCCUCUCUCAGCUCCACCCCUACCUCCAAGACCUCCAUUCAUGAAGUCUGUGCCAGAGUAUCUGGUGCUCUUACCUGCAUCAUCAUCAUCAUCAUCAUCAUCAUCACCCUCUCAGAAGUCAUCCUCAAACCCACCUCAUUCACCAUCACCAUCAAGUAAAAUGAUUCAUUGUGGUACCAAAACAGUAACACCCAUUUGAAACGCCUUAAAUGCAACAUGAACUUUUAUGUUGUAAGACUUUUUGUCAUCUCUGAUCUAGGAUCAGCAGAUAAGAGUCCCCUGCCAGGGAAUCCUAACGUGGUGCUCGUCAGUUUAGGGAAAUUACUCUCAGAGGAAAGAGGUCUUUAAAGUUUUAUCAUCACCAUAAAACCUUCAUGAUCAGCCAUCUAGUUUUAUUCUCACUCUGAUUGGCUCCUAGUGAUGAUGAUGUUUGAAUAUUUCCAGUGCAGGCUAUGCUGGGAGAGCCCACCUCCUGCACACAGUGUGGCUCUGUGCUUGACUCCUGCUAUGACAACGUGGUAACUACACACUUGAUUUCUUCCGAGAUUCAUUCUGAAGCAAAUGGGUGGUUAUAUGCAUAAAGUCAUUGAUUUCAGAUGUGAACAAUAACCGUAAAUAUCCUUUUAAUUACUGCUGGCAAAAACAGAGCAUGAGGAAAUCUCAGAGGCAGCCAGGCAUGAUUAUUAUUGAUCGAUGUCAGGGCUGCAAAGCACAAACGUGCCCUUUUCAGCCUUACUUCUCCUCUUGUUUUGAACUACAGGUUACAUCAUGUUACUUCUGUCAAUCUUGUGAGUCCACCACUUCUUCCAGUACACCCUCGAGUCAGCUGACUGGUUACCAGGAUGGCCUCUUUGUGCUUCAUCGUGAUGAAAAGCUGCUGUGUGAUUCAGAUGCUGUGCUGCUCCUCUGCAUUGACAUCUCAGGCUCCAUGAGCAUCACCUCACAGGUAAAAAAAUAAAUAAAUAAAAUAAAACAUCUCAAAGUUCAACUGAAGUGUAAUGCAGAAGUCUGUAUUUAUAAAACUCAACAUGUGGUGUUUAAAAUGAUCCAUUUUUGUUUUAUUAAGGUGUUAGAGGGAGAGCAAGUUGUCCACAGAUCUAGACUUCACGUGAGUUUUUUUUUUUUUCUUGUUCUUGUUUUUUCUAGUGUUCUUGUGGCUCUAUGAGACUGACAAAACAACUGUUCAACUAUUUUAACACUUCAUGUGAACAUCAUUAAGAUAUAAAGAUAAAAGCUAUUGUAUCUAAACCAGUUUGUCCAGGAAGCGGUGCUGCUGUGCAUUCAAAGACUGAAUGAGCAACAACCAGACAUAAGAGUGGGACUCAUCACCUUCAAUAAUCAGGUACCAACGCUUGGUUUGGACAGAUUUGUGUUGUCUUGUCUGAGUCAUGUUGAAUUUGAUUAUCAGUUGAAAGGAAUUAAAGGGAUAGGUCUUUUUUUUCUUCUUUGGGGUUGUGAGGUUGGAUGAAGCAACAGGAAGUGUACCCACAGGGGAUCCCAGUUGGCUUGACUUUUUUGUUGAGAAACCAACCAGAGAACCAACAGGGAAGCUAAGCUAUCAAUCACUGAAAAUGUCUCAGAAUUGAAAACAUUUUGGUGUCAAAACUUCCUCUAAAUUGGCGACAUCAAACUGGUCGGAUUAGGCUCGUCUGUAGCAGUGUUUAGCCUUGCUUCUGUUUCUGUUCUGUGGCCAUUUUCACAGUAAAGGAGCUGAGAUGACGGGGUUCCCCUGUGGGCACGAGCCCCAUACCUCACCUUAAAAAACAAUCCCAAACUCCCCCUUGAUAUGAAGAAAUGCAAGUACAGUAUAAAUUGUAAGCUUUAGGUGUGAUUUUCCUUCUCAUCAUCUUGUAUUUUGUGUUCCAAGGUGACUCUUCAUGGCUAUGAGAAUUUCACUUCACAUAUCCUGAACAGUGCUGAGUUGGCAGACAGUGACUAUCUGAGAGAGGCUGCAGCCAGUUAUCCCAUCCCCCCUCCUCUCUCACAGACCAAGGACUUCUUAUGGAGACAAGUCCAGGGGUAAGAAAAAUUGGUGCAAAAUCAAUUUUUUUUCCCCCUCUCUUACAUAAUGGUAACGUCAUGUUUAGAAAAGCAGAUGUAUUUUCUUCCUCUUGUUGAAAGACUAUCUGAAAGUGGGACCACAGCCCUCGGUCCAGCUGCUCUCCUGGCGAUUACAAUGGCCUCCAGACAGCCUGGAUCUAAGGUAUGUUUGUUCUUUAUUUAUUUCCCUUUGCAUAGUCACACAGAUAAUCAUUUCACACAUGUUGACCCAUUAACAUAUAAUGAUAGCUGGAAAUAAACCAGAUAUGCUGUGAUGGUAAUGACUUCAUUUGAAUAUGAUGUUUGUUUGUUGGCCUUAUCAACAUGUCUGACUGCUUCUCUCUUCAGAAAGCUGCAUGAACUCCCCCUCCAUUUAUUAUGCCUGCUUUCAUUCCUGUUCAUUUCAAAAUUAGGUUGAACAGAAAACAAAGUUUGAACAAAAUUUUUGGCCAAAAAUGCACUUUGAACUUGAUUAGCUUUGAUGGAAAGUUAAUAGAAAUUUCUGAUAAAUGAUGUCAACCAUGCAAACAAUUUUAGUAUGUUAUGAAAGCAAUCUUGCUCUUAUUUUUCCUAUCUCUGUCUUCUAAAAACAAAGCAACCCUGAUUGGUUCUCUCUGCUGAUUUCAAAGGUGAUUAUCUGUACGGAUGGAAAGGCCAACACAGAUCUGGGGAAUCUGGAGGUAGAGGAUAAUGACGCUCGCACCCUCCUCUCAUCCACAAUCUUCUACCAAGAUCUGGGGGAAUACGCUGCCAAUCAGGGGUGUGUAGAAAUCUGCACAUCAAAUUCAAGAAUGGAUUAACAUUAAAAAAAAGAUGUCACACAGCUGGACUUACAUAAAUUAGAUAGCAAAAAGACAGACAUGGUGCUAUUAUUUAUAAGGUGUCAGAAAAGGGAGAAUGGUCUGUUGUGUGUUUCACAGCAGUGUACUUAAAUGUCCUUCUGUCAUUAGUGUGACAGUGUCUGUGCUGUCAAUAGAGGGGACAGACUGCAGACUGGACGAACUGGGACGACUGGCAGAUCGCACUGGGGGGAAGGUAAGAGCUCAUUUCAAAUUUCCUGGUGAUUUGUUUUCAUAAAUUUCAACAGUUUUAUGGAGGGACUGUUCAUUAUUGUGUAAUAAUCAGAUUAUUUUGCACGGUUGUGUGUUGUCUGAUAGGUGGUAAUAGCAAGUCCCAACAGGUUGCACCCAGAGUUGGAACAAAUCAUAGAGAAUAGGACCAUAGCGACACACUGUAACGUCACAUUACUGCUGCCUCAGUCACUGUAAGAUCUGCACUUUCUUUACCUCUAGUACUCUUGUUUUUACACAUUUUCCAUUCAGUGGCUGUGUGGUAUAAUGUACUUGUUAGUCCAUGAAAAACAACCUCACAGUACUGACUGGUGUUAUCUCUUACCCAGCCGUGUGAGAGGAGAGAGAGAGUCGGGUCAGAAGGGAACUAGAGAGGUGGGAAAUGUGGACCCAGACACAGAGAUCACCUUCCAGUUUGGAGCAAAUGAACAAGACGCAGAUGGUGAGAAAUAACUGGUAUGCCACUUCUGACUGUGUGGUUGUGUUUCUAAAAUAUGCAAGAUGGUAAUUGAUCUUGUUUCCAACAAAAAAAUGAAGGAAGUCUUGGUUGAGAGGUAGCCCAAGUUGUAGAGUUUGGAAACAAGAACAAACAAAACUGGUUUCAGGAAAAAUGCCAAAAAUGUUACAUGUGAAAAAGCAACAAAAAACUUCAGAGUUUUGACACUUUUUAGGGCUGCAAAAUAUCCAUCAGGAUGCAGAAGUUACACAGUUUUUCUGACAUAACCGCUAAAACGUUUUUCUUUUAUGAAGUCAAAUUAACUUUAUGGACAUAAUUUGUUCAAAAGUCAGAUUCAUAUUUGAUAGUUAGACCUGUAAUUUCUUUGUCUUUAGCCAUCCACGGGCAGCAUGUUUACACAACAUGACUUUAAUGAGCCCCUUAUUUGAUUUCUCUGUCACUUAAUAACUGUGAAACUAUCCAUCAGUCUUGGCUGCACUUUGUGUUAAAUAUUAGUUAAAUAUAUAAUCAUGUGAACAGGCUAAAGUUGAAAGAUAAAUCCUUGAAAAUUCAGUCUGGUAAAUACAAGUGACAAUCUCCGGUAUGGUAAAAAUGAAGUCAAAGCAGAAGUACAGAAAAAAAAAAAAUGCAGUUCCUUGAGUGUCCACUAGAGGCUGACUCCAAAAGCCAAGGAAACCAAUUUAGGGCCCAUGUUAAAAUGUCCGUUUUUACAGCAGAAUUAAACAUGUUUACAGACUUUUACAUAAAAAGGAAAAGAAAAGUUUGGUCUCAGAAGCUCAUUUCAUUAAUGAGAAUUUUAUAGGUAGGCUAACUUUCCUCCAGCGAACGCGUCCUUUUUGAUGAUAUUACACAUGCAUAAAUGUAUUCUUUUGUACGCAAAGAGAUGUGAAUUUGACUGACAAGUGAGACUGUAUUGAACAUGGACUCAUGCACCACAAGCAAAUAAGGAGGUGAAGCUGAAGUCGGCUAUUAGCCACAUGGUGAAUGCACCUGAGUGAAGUCCCUGUCACAUGUGUCCGAAUCUGAGUCUCCAUGAGUAAUUUACUUCAGCAAAACUAUUGACUGUCUGAACCUGAACUGAGUGUGUAGGGUCUUCUGGAUGAGUAGAAAGCACAUCUGUUUUAUUAAUAUCAACAUGCUCUUAUUGUAAUUUUUCUUCAGUCCCAGUUCCAGUCUCAGGCAGCCGUGUGUCCAUCCAGCUGCUUAUCAAGUACAAACAGAGAAAUGGACAGAUGAUGCUCAGAGUGAUCACAUCAGAGAGAGAAGUCACCAAUGACAGGUAAGGGUUUAAUUACCAUGAUCACAGUACCUCUCUCAUUCUUGUGUAUUUAGAUAGCCUUGCAAACACACCACUGUUGCUGUGCACUGAUUUAUUUGCAGACUGUGGCCUCGCUGUAAGCUCAAACAAGUCAUUAUCUCAUGACAUCUUAAAUCAACGAGGCGUUUGUAUCUUGAGGACAACAAUUGAUUGGAUGAGUUAUUUUAUACCAAUCUCAGUGAACCUGUAGGCAAAAGAAAUCCAUGGAGACCGGCUGUUGCUGAGAUACCACAUCAUACAAGAAUGAAAAUCCAAUCUCUCAUCCAUUCUAGUAUUUCGUCACUCAGAAAAUGAACCUCUCCACUAAGUCUGAAUGCUUCAUAUAUACCAAACAAAAGUCAUGUAAUUCAUAGUCUAAGCACCUCCUAAGAGGCCCACAGUGUAACACAAAGGCAUAGAUGAAGCUGAAGCACUCUUAUGUUUAAGUAUGACCCUCCUCUUCAGCUUGGCAGCCCUGUCCACACUCUCCCUGGCCAUCAUUCAGCUCAACUCGUCUCAGGCCAGCGCUGCUCUAGCUGUCAGAGGACGCUUUCUGGAUGCUAGGAGGGAAGGUGAGCUGCAGAGGAAGCUGAUCGAGACGGCAAUGUGAGUAACAGGAGGAGGGGGUGUUGUGACUGACGUUAGUGUGUGGGCAACAGGUAGAACAAGAGGUGCUUGAAUGUGAAGGCUGACAAAUGGAGGUAAUCAGAGCUAAUUCUGGGCCCAUUUAACACAUGGAGAAAGACAAACGAUACGAAAAAUGACAAAGGCGUAAAAUUACGUUUAUUUAUUCCUCACUUCUAAGUUGGUUUCAGUUGAAAGAGAAUUUAAUUGGAAGCAUGCUUUUCAUUUGGUAGAUGAAGAGUAUUUAAUAUACAAACUAUAAAAAAAAUCUGUAUUUUUUUGUUUGCAGAGAGCAUAAUCGCAGUGCAGAGGACAGACAGACAUAUCAAGAAUGGGUUCAAACCAUGGAGCCAAUAUACAAUAAUAUACAUAACUUCACAAGGGUGAGUUUACAAACCAAGUUGAUUGUAUUCUGGCUCCAAAUUUGUUAGAAAAUCACAUUUAAUAUUAAAUAUGUAAUUUCUCUCUUUGUAGAGAAAUUCUGUCAUGUCAGACUCACAGGUAAUUUUAAUCAUGUCUUUUCUUUCAUGCUGAUACUAAAAUAUUCAGUAUUGUCUGUUUUGCUUUAGUUCUUCUUUUAAUUCUUUCUCUUUUUCAUUAACCAGCCUCUAACAGAUGCUGGUGCAGCACUGCUCUACACUAUGAAGCACUGCAACAGAAAGUCCAUCUCACUGAAGAACAAACAGAAACUCUAA